AUCUGCUCUGACUCCCCAGGGACGUAUCUGUGCUCCUGCGUGUGACCAGGGUUGACUAAACUCCUGCCAGGAUGUCUUGCCAGCAAAACCAGCAGCAGUGCCAGCCCCCUCCCAAAUGUCCUCCCAAGUGUACCCUAAAAUGUCCACCUAAGUGUCCCCCCAAAUGCCCACUACAGUGCCCAGCUCCAUGUUCCCCUGCAGUCUCUUCCUGCUGUGGUCCCAGCUCUGGGGGCUGCUGCAGCUCUGGGGGUGGUGGCUGCUGCCUGAGCCACCACAGGCCCCGUCUCUUCCACCGGCGCCGGCACCAGAGCCCCGAUUGCUGUGAGAGUGAACCUUCCGGGGCCUCUGGCUGCUGCCACAGCUCUGGGGGCUGCUGCUGACCUGGGCUGCAGAAGAGCUCUGGUACUGAAUGGUCAAAAACCUGCUACAGCCUGAUGCUUAACUAUUUCCCCUUCCUUUCAUUCCACUCAUGGGUGGACAGGGACCACAAAGACUCAUGGGGCUUCCCCGGAAGAACUUUGUGCUUGAUGGAGCACCCCAGAUGGAAGCCUUCUUUUCCUCCUUUACCUCAUAUUGUAAUAAAGCUCUGAUUUCUGACUCAUUA